AUGACAAUGACAGUGGAGAGUCUAAUGUUCCAGAAAAACACUUUGGGGAAUGCUGCUGACAGGAACACCUCCGGAUUGGAGCUUUGUUCCUAUUCCCUUCCCAGGCGCCACGGUUCGACCGACCCACCUGUCCUCGGGUCCUCCCAGUUCUGGAGACUGACGUGGGAUGCGCCCUUGAGCCCUGCACUCCGUCCCCGCGUCCCUGUCGGGCUGGCCAGCGCUACCCACCUCACCUGCAACUCCGAGACACAGCGCUCAGAGGAGGACGCGCAGCCCCGUUACCACAGAAACGAAGUUGCCUACGUCACGGCGCGUGCGGGAAGUCAAAGGUCAUACCAGCUAGUUCCGCUUCCUGUUCCGGGAUUCCGCUUGUUGUCGGAAAGCUGUGGGGUUCCGGCCAACCCUUGGGGCCUAUUUCUGGGGUAGGUUGGCGCGAGGUCGGCUGCUGCAGCCAUGGCGGCCUCCACCGCGGCCGGGAAGCAGAGGAUUCCCAAAGUGGCUAAGGUGAAAAACAAAGCCCCAGCUGAGGUACAGAUAACUGCUGAGCAACUCUUAAGAGAAGCUAAAGAAAGAGAGCUUGAGCUUCUUCCACCUCCACCUCAACAGAAGAUCACAGAUGAAGAAGAGCUAAACGAUUACAAACUAAGAAAAAGGAAGACUUUUGAAGAUAAUAUAAGAAAAAACAGGACUGUGAUUAGUAACUGGAUAAAAUACGCACAAUGGGAAGAGAGUCUAAAGGAGAUUCAAAGGGCUCGAUCCAUAUACGAGCGUGCUUUAGAUGUAGACUACCGAAAUAUUACACUCUGGCUGAAAUAUGCAGAAAUGGAAAUGAAGAAUCGCCAGGUCAACCAUGCCCGAAAUAUCUGGGACCGGGCCAUAACAACUCUGCCUCGAGUCAACCAGUUCUGGUACAAGUACACAUACAUGGAGGAGAUGUUGGGAAACAUUGCUGGCGCCCGGCAGGUGUUUGAGCGCUGGAUGGAAUGGCAGCCUGAGGAGCAAGCCUGGCACUCCUACAUCAACUUUGAGCUGCGAUACAAAGAGGUGGACCGGGCCCGCACCAUUUAUGAACGCUUUGUCCUUGUGCACCCUGAUGUUAAGAACUGGAUCAAGUAUGCUCGCUUUGAAGAAAAACAUGGUUAUUUUGCCCAUGCACGGAAAGUGUACGAGAGAGCUGUUGAAUUCUUUGGAGAUGAGCAUAUGGAUGAACACCUUUAUGUUGCCUUUGCCAAAUUUGAAGAAAAUCAAAAAGAAUUUGAAAGGGUACGAGUGAUCUACAAGUAUGCCCUGGAUAGAAUUUCAAAGCAGGAGGCCCAAGAACUCUUUAAAAACUAUACCAUCUUUGAGAAGAAGUUCGGUGAUCGACGGGGUAUUGAAGACAUCAUUGUGAGCAAACGAAGAUUCCAAUAUGAGGAAGAGGUGAAGGCUAAUCCACACAAUUACGAUGCAUGGUUUGAUUACUUGCGCUUGGUGGAAAGUGAUGCAGAAGCAGAAACCGUUCGAGAAGUCUAUGAAAGAGCCAUUGCCAAUGUGCCACCCAUUCAAGAGAAGCGGCACUGGAAGCGCUACAUCUAUCUGUGGGUCAACUACGCACUCUAUGAAGAAUUGGAGGCCAAGGAUCCCGAGAGGACAAGACAGGUGUAUCAAGCUUCUUUGGAAUUAAUUCCUCAUAAAAAGUUCACAUUUGCCAAGAUGUGGUUACUAUACGCACAAUUUGAAAUAAGACAGAAAAAUUUACCAUUUGCCAGAAGAGCUUUGGGAACUUCCAUAGGCAAAUGUCCAAAGAACAAGUUAUUUAAAGGUUACAUAGAAUUGGAGCUGCAGCUUCGAGAAUUUGACAGAUGCCGGAAGCUUUAUGAAAAGUUCUUGGAAUUUGGACCUGAAAAUUGUACCUCCUGGAUUAAAUUUGCAGAAUUAGAAACAAUCCUUGGUGAUAUUGAGAGAGCCCGGGCAAUCUACGAGUUAGCCAUCAGUCAGCCACGCUUAGACAUGCCAGAGGUGCUUUGGAAGUCAUAUAUUGAUUUUGAAAUUGAGCAGGAAGAAACUGAGAGAACACGAAAUCUUUACCGAAGAUUGCUUCAGCGGACACAACAUGUCAAGGUAUGGAUCAGCUUUGCACAGUUUGAGCUGUCUUCGGGGAAAGAAGGAAGUUUGGCUAAAUGCAGACAAAUUUAUGAAGAGGCUAACAAAACCAUGAGGAACUGUGAAGAAAAGGAAGAGAGACUUAUGUUGCUGGAAUCCUGGCGAAGCUUUGAAGAUGAAUUUGGAACAGUAUCAGAUAAGGAGAGAGUAGACAAACUCAUGCCAGAGAAAGUCAAGAAGAGAAGAAAGGUCCAGGCUGAUGACGGGUCUGAUGCAGGCUGGGAAGAGUACUAUGAUUACAUCUUUCCGGAAGAUGCUGCCAACCAACCCAACCUCAAGCUUCUGGCCAUGGCCAAACUCUGGAAGAAACAGCAACAGGAAAAGGAGGCUGCAGAGCAAGACCCAGAUAAGGACAUUGAUGAGAGUGAAUCCUGAUGUUCUUGUUCAUAUUGAUAAGUGUUUUAUUAUUUUUAUAAAUUAAUCGUUCGAAACUCUUGUGACUCCGUAAGUUUUUGUAUAUUUCACCAGUAAGGAAUUGAUUGGAGUCUUUGAUAGCUAUUUUUUGAAUUAUUUUUAAAAUGUUCUUGGGUUAGUGAGGGGUGGGGGGUUGCAAGAAAAUUUUUUUAACCAUUAGUUUUAUCGGAAUCCAAACAUUUUUUUUUUGGUCCAUAUCACGUAUUAGGAAAUCUAAUUGAGGUAA